AGUUAUAAACUCUAUGUAGUUGACAGAUGUGAUCAUUGAUUGCAGCCAUAUUUUUGCUAAAUACGAUUUAAGAUUUUGUAUAUCCAGUAGGAAUAUUAGAAUUUUUCGAAAUGGGUUCUAGACAUCGCGACAGAAGUAGGGAUCGUGAUCGUGAUAGGGACAGGGACAGCAGGAGAGAAAGAAGGCGCAGCCGAGAUCGUGACCGUGACAGACAUCGUGAUAGGGACCGCGAUAGAGAAAGGAGAGAUAGGGACAGGGAUCGUUCAAGAUCCCGUAGUAGAGAUCGUAGAAGAAGUAGAGAUAAAACUCCUGAACCAGAUGGUAAAAAACUAAUAGCCGACACUUUGGCUACUUUAGCUGCUACAAGGAACUUCACAGCUUUGGUUAACCAAAGGGAUGAUAACUCAAAUACUUCAACCGGUAGUCAAGAAGAUGAUAGGAAAAAAAAGAAAAGAUCCCGCUGGGGUGGAAAUGAACACGAAAAGAUUUUCAUUCCCGGAAUGCCUACCAUCUUACCUCCAAACUUGGACAAACAGCAGGAGCAAGCAUAUCUACUUCAACUCCAGAUAGAAGAAGUCAGCAGAAAGCUUCGUUCCGGCGACUUGGGAAUCCCAGCCAAUCCUGAAGAAAGAUCGCCUUCGCCAGAACCAAUCUACAGUAGCGAUGGUAAAAGGUUGAACACCAGGGAAUUCAGAACAAGAAGACGUUUGGAAGAAGAAAGACAUGCUUUGGUACUGAAAAUGCAGAGCAUGAACCCCGAGUUCAAACCACCCUUGGAUUAUAAACCACCAGUGAUUAGAGUCAGUGAUAAAGUUAUGAUACCGCAAGAAGAACAUCCUGAAAUAAACUUUGUUGGUCUUCUGAUUGGACCAAGAGGGAACACAUUGAAAACAAUGGAGAAGGAAACUGGUGCAAAAAUCAUCAUAAGAGGCAAGGGCAGUGUGAAAGAAGGAAAAGUGGGAAGAAAAGAUGGACAGCCCUUACCAGGAGAAGAUGAACCGUUGCAUGCUUACAUAACUGCAACAAAUCCAGAAUGUGUGAAGAAAGCAGUAGAACGAAUAAAAGAAGUUAUUCGUCAAGGAGUUGAGGUGCCGGAAAAUCAAAACGAUCUCAGGAGAAUGCAAUUAAGAGAACUCGCUCAGCUGAAUGGUACUCUCCGUGAAAACGAUGGAAUGAGAUGUAACAAUUGUGGUGCGAUAGACCACAAAUCGUGGCUGUGUCCAGACAAGCCUAACGUGACCAACAAUAUAGUUUGUUCGAGUUGUGGAGCUGCAGGUCACAUUGCCAGGGAUUGUAGACAGAAGAGACCUGGUCAAGGGGGUCCCCCAGUCGCUGGAGAUAAGGCCAAGAUAGAUGAGGAAUAUAUGUCACUUAUGGCAGAAUUGGGUGAAGCUCCACCUCCGGAUAUGGCCAAGACGAACCAAGCUCAAGUUAAAAGCACUGGAUUUAGCAUAUUUUCACCGCAGGCAGGCGCCCCCAGACCUCUGAUGGCUCCUCCUCCAAUUACGACGCAGAAUAUGCCUGUCAUGAGUGGGAUGCCUCCUCCACCCUGGGCGUCAGCUCCAACGACCAUGGGUUGGCCCCCAGGCCCCCCAGGUAUCCUUCCUCCGCCUCCUCCUCCUGGAGCGACUAGUCCAGGUGGGUUGAUGCCGUGGAUGAGUGCCCCAACGGUUGUUACACAGCCUCCUCCACCUGGCUCCACGACUACGACUACCAGUGCUAUUCAGCCCCCAGCCGCUAUGCCCUGGGGACAAAUGCCCCCCUUUGGGUGGCCACCGAGCUCUUGUCCACCACCCCCACCUCCUGGAAUUGACGUGAAUUCGCUUCUUACUACGCCGCCACCACCACCACCUUCUUAAGCAAUAUAUUUAUAUAUUGACGGUUUGAACUUAUCGAAAAGAUUGCAUGUAUAUUUUGAUGUCGAUAAAAUAAAUGUAAAGAUAGUAGUAAUGAUAUACUUCGGUGUAGGUUAAGAUGGAGCACAACUUCUUCUGACAGAUAUUCAUGUUUUUUAUUGACUACUAUUCUUCAUUCUUUUUGUUUGUUGUUGUUUUAAGUAAUAAAUGUAAACCUAUAAAUGAC